AUGCCAGAAUAUGGAUCAUUAGAAUAUUGGGAUGAUAGAUAUACAAAUUUAACAAUUAAAAAAGAUUUUGAUUGGUAUCAUGGUUAUCCAACAUUAAAAGUAUUUUUAAAUAAAUUUUUCAAAAAAAAGGAUAAAAUUUUAAUGAUAGGUUGUGGUAAUAGUAAAUUAGGAGAAGAUAUGAACGAUGAUGAAUUUGUUGACAUUAUCAAUAUGGACUAUUCAGAGCCAUUGAUUGAAUAUAUGAAAGAAAGAACUAAAGGAAGAAUUGGAUUAGAAUAUUUAACAAUGGAUGGCAGAGAUAUGAAACCAUUCUUCAAAGAUAAUCACUUUGACCAUGUUUUCGAUAAAGGUACAUUAGAUGCAGUCAUGUGUAGUGAUGAUGAUAAUGAAAAUGCAAAACAGAUUUUAUUAGAAGUUAGUAGAGUACUUAAACCUGGUGGUUUCUUCAUUGUAAUGACAUAUGGUUCACCAGAAUCACGUUUACCAUUAUUAAAUAAUCCAAUUCAUAAUUGGACUACCGAGUUAAGAAUGGCAGGUUCAAAUGAAAACUCUCAAAUGAAUCAAUGUCAUUAUGUCUAUAUUUGUAAUAAAAAUUCUGAAAAUGGUGAAUCAAUGAAACAUACCUUUCCAAUUGAAACUCAUUCUCAUUUUUUAAAUUCUUCAAUUGGUGAAGUACCUUUAGAAAUUUUAAAAUUGUAA